UAAAGAGCAAAAUUAUGGGACACGCAACAGAAAUAGUAGUCUUCGCCGGUAUAACUAUUUUAAGCUUAAUUAUAAUGUACUUGAUCAAUCAAGUUCAAGAGAAUCCAUAUAUGGAUGAAAUUUUUCACAUUCGGCAAGUUAAACAUUACUGUCAUGGAAAUUUUUCAGUGUGGGAUCCGAUGAUAACAACCCUCCCUGGUUUAUAUUUAGUAACAGCUGGAAUCUUGAAGCCCUUUAUUCUUCUUCUGGAUGCUGAAUUGGUGUGUUCUGUUAUGGGUCUCCGACUUAUAAACGUUUUGUUCCAGGCGGGAACCUUCUAUGUACAGAGAGAGAUCUAUAAAACGAUCCACUCACCUGCUACAGUGGGAAAGGAUGUUGGUAGGAUGGCCAUUAUGACAGCUGUGACCUUGACCUUGUUUCCACUUCUUUACUUUUUCACCUUUUUGUAUUACACUGAUCCAGGAUCCACGUUCUUUGUGCUUCUGAUGUAUCUGUUUCAUCUUCGUGGAAAUAAAUCCCUAGCAGCUUUCAUGGGAGGAGUCUCCAUUUUGUUUCGUCAGUCGAACGUUGUCUGGGUCGUCUUCAUGGCGGGUUUAACAGCUGCAGACGUUGUUCAGGAAUGGAUGAAAAGUCAAACUCACGUCAAGAAAAAAGACAUAACAUCAGCACCUACCUCAGAUGGACAAGUCAUAUUAAAUUUCUUAAAACUCCUGUUCACCAACUUUAAAUCAACACCACAGAACAUCGUUAAACUAAUUGCAAACAUACUCAUUGGAUCUUUUUAUUACAUUUGUGUUAUAGGCCUUUUCGGGUUAUUUGUACACUAUAAUGGGGGAAUCGUAGUGGGAGACAAAUCUCAGCACGAGGCAUGUUUAAACUUUCCCCAAGUCUUCUAUUUUGUUUCCUUUUCUAUAUUUUUUUUAAGUCCAUACACAAUCAGUCCAUCACGAAUUAUCAACUUCAUCCUAUUCUCUGUAAAUCAUGUCCCAUUCACUGUAGCAUUCUUGGCAAUGUCAUAUGCCUUGGUAAAUAAAUACACAUAUGUUCAUCUAUACUUAAUAUCAGACAACAGGCAUUAUACAUUCUAUGUUUGGAACAAAAUAUACGAGUCAAGAAUACCCUACAUUAGAUAUGCCUUGAUCCCAGCUUAUUAUUAUGGAAUAUUCUCCUUAUUUCAAACAAUGAAACACAAAAAUGUCUUUUGGAAAAUAGUUUUCUCGGUAUGUUUGUUGGCAGCUACCAUACCUCAGAAACUAUUAGAGUUCCGUUAUUUCAUUUUGCCUUAUGUUAUUUACAGAUUAAAUGUUAAGGAUGUUUCUUGGAUGAACUUGCUGUUAGAAAUUAUAAUUUAUGUGUUAGUAAAUGCCUUUACGAUAUACAUGUUUAUUGCCAGGCCUUUUAAGUGGGCAGAUAUUGUAGAGCCUCAGCGAUUUAUGUGGUGAUUUAUGUACAGUGCAGUAAAGUCAGUUUUAAAACUUGA